CACCUGGCGUUCACAAGUUGUCCCCGCACCAACGUGAGAUCUGUGAAAGAAAGAUGGAUACCGUGGCGACGGGCGGAGGGUUUUUGAGCCCAGAGAUGUACGGCGCGCGGGUCCUCAUGUCUCCCGUCCACCCUUCGGCGGGUGGGGGCCGCAAGAUCGUCUACUUCAUCGAGGACGUCCCGAGGCCUUCGCCGGGAGCCCUGGUUCCCCGCGUGGCGCUCUACAUGAUCAUCGUGCUCUGGUUCGGCACCAUCUUCGCGUCGGUGGCCGCCUUCUGGCUCUACCUAUACCCCAAGGACAAGGAGCACCACGUCGUCCACGCCAUCACGUCCACGGUCAAGGCAACGUCGACUCUCGCAAGCACCGUCGCUGGCGAAAACAUCUGA